UUUCUCUCUCUCUAAUCUUUGGGCUCGCUAGGAAGUAGCGGCCAGCUCAUGCUCUCCCUAGACAUCGACCUCGCACCAACCUCCUUUACUCAAUCGAUCCCUUCCUCUCUUUUAUAUAUUUGGUCACACUACUACUCAUGCGCCCAUUCCACCUCCAUUGUUAAACCUUCGUAAUUAGCUCUAUCUCUCAUCUCUUUUCAUAAACUUGGCGCUCUCUUUGACGACCCCAGCAAAAUGGAGUACUACGGCAGGCUCCAACAGCCUGACACGCUGGGUGAGUCAUCCAGAAGCCACAUCCAUGUACCGGAAGACGCCAGUACUAUACCCUCCCCACAGCGCAGCAGAAAGAAGAAAGUGAUCCUCCUAUCACUGCUCUCAGUCGCUCUAAUAGUUGCCGCUGCGAUCUCCGCCGUGAUUCUGAUCGGGCUCCCUGGCGGUGUGUCUAACCGACCCGAAUCGGCAAUCCACCGCAAGCCCACCCAGGCUAUCUCCAGGACCUGCAGCAAGACCCGGUAUCCGGACCUCUGCGUUAACUCCCUGCUCGAUUUCCCGGGCUCGCUCACCGCGUCGGAGCGCGACCUCGUUCACAUUUCCUUUAACAUGACGCUGCAGCGACUGAGCAAAGCCCUCUACUUCUCCUCCGGGAUCUCCUACGUCCAGAUGGAGCCACGCGUACGUUCCGCCUACGACGACUGCCUGGAGCUUCUCGACGACUCUGUGGACUCGCUCUCCCGUUCGCUCGUCUCAGUCUCCAGCACCACCUCCACCCAGGACGUGCUGACGUGGCUGAGCGCGGCGCUGACUAACCAAGACACUUGUGCGGAGGGGUUCGCGGACCUGAGCGGGUCCGUCAGGGACCAGAUGGCGGCAAGGUUGAAGGACCUGUCUGAGCUGGUAAGCAAUUGCCUGGCCAUAUUCUCGGGGGCCGACACGGACGACUUUUCUGGAGUCCCGAUACAGAACAGGCGCAGGUUAAUGGAAAACGAUAUGUCGGUGGAGAAUGAGGAUGGUUUGCCGAGAUGGUUGAGCAGGAAGGAGAGGGAAUUGCUGGAUAUGCCGAUAUCGGCAAUACAAGCCGAUAUAGUGGUGUCCCAUGACGGGAAUGGAACGUAUAAGACGAUUGCAGAGGCGAUCAAGAAGGCACCCGAGCAUAGUUCUCGACGGACGAUUAUUUACGUGAGGGCAGGAAGGUACGUUGAGGAAAACUUGAAAGUGGGAAGGAAGAAGACGUACUUGAUGUUUAUAGGGGACGGGAGGGGUAAGACGGUCAUCUCGGGUGGCAAAAGUGUUGCCGAUAAAGUGACGACAUUCCACACCGCAUCGUUCGCGGCAACCGGAGCUGGUUUCAUUGCACGGGACAUGACAUUUGAGAACUCGGCAGGACCAGGCAACCACCAAGCGGUGGCGCUUCGUGUUGGUGCGGACCAUGGCGUGGUCUACCGCUGCAACAUCAUCGGCUACCAAGACACGCUCUACGUCCACUCCAAUCGCCAGUUCUUCCGCGAAUGCGACAUCUAUGGCACUGUGGACUUCAUAUUUGGCAACGCUGCCGUUGUGUUCCAAAACUGUAACAUCUAUGCUCGCAAGCCAAUGCCCCAGCAGAAGAACACCAUCACCGCCCAAAACCGCAAAGACCCUAAUCAAAACACCGGCAUUUCCAUCCACGCUUGCCGGAUCCUCGCCACCUCCGAUCUCGAAGCAUCCAAAGGUAGCUUCCCGACAUAUCUAGGCCGUCCAUGGAAGAUGUACGCCAGAGUUGUCUACAUGUUAUCCUACAUGGGUGAUCACAUUCACCCACAUGGGUGGUUGGAAUGGAACACAAGUUCGUUCGCUUUAGAUACACUGUACUACGGCGAAUACAUGAAUAAUGGUCCAGGAGGAGCAGUUGGGCAACGCGUCAAAUGGCCGGGGUAUCGAGUUAUUACGUCGAAAGUGGAGGCAAGCAAGUUUACCGUUGCACAGUUUAUUUAUGGCUCGUCGUGGUUGCCGUCUACCGGAGUGGCAUUUUUAGCCGGGCUCUCCGUUUAAAUUACACCAGUAGUGUAUAAUACUAGGGGGUGAUAAUGCAUAAAAUAUAGAAUUUCUUAAAUCCCGAUCAUCAUUUUCAAGUCAAAAUGCUUAAAUCAAUUAAAUUUGCCACGUCAAAGUGUGACAAGAUUUUAACUAUUUAAUUUAAAAAUAAUAACUGGGAUAUGAGAAAUUAUAUAUAUAUAUAUAUAUGGUAUAAUAUAUAGGGUAAGGAGAAUCUCAAGAUAUCGAUGGAGACAACUGAAAAUUUUUGUCUUUAUUUUUUUUUUUUUAUUACCUCUUCUGUAUUAAUCAAUAGCUUAAUGUUUAUGUGGAUUUCUUGUAUUAUAAAGGUGGAAGAAUUUCUUUUAUUUA